CGAGAGAUCGUGGAACACGGAAUUGCCACGCAGUUGUGGGACGUAAUAAAGACGUCUGCAAUUCGGCCGGCAUAAUUGAUAAGCGCAUCGGGCAAUAAUGGAUCGAGAUUCCCUAAGAAGUGGUGGCGUCGGCAGGAGGAGCGGGUCGCAAUCGCGCGGAUCGAUGCAACAACGAAAGCCGCUCAGUAUUCCGGCCAGCAGCGCUACCGACACUCCAACGACUGGAUCAGCAUUCGAUCUUUGCGCACUCGACGCCCAAUCAGCUCUUUACGAAUCCAUCGACGACGAUGACAUAGUCUACGAUCAAGGUUUCCCAAUGUCUUCACGGCGCCAGACCGUCGACAAGCUCGACCGGACCAUCACUCGGCUUUAUACAUAUCUGAGUGGCUCCGAAGAGGGCGAGGACGCCAAUGAUGUUGCAUCAUCGACGGCCAAUCAUCAAGCAUCGCCCAGUCAUCCGAUGCAACAGCAGCCACAGCGUGGCAGGAGGUCGCAGCAGCAGUCGCAACAGCCACCGCAUCCACCGCAGCGCAGCAGCAACAACAAUAACUUCCAGCAGCAUCAUCAUCAACAAGAGCCCGAGUACCAGCAACCGUACGCUUACCCGCCGGCCCAUGCCCAUCCGUUCAAUCCGUCGUCGCAACAACAUUUCGGCGGGGGUGGCGGCCCACUGGCCGGCGCGGCCAACUCGCUCGGCGGAUCGACGCCCACAUCCAACAACAGCAGCGACCACGCCUCGGAGAUUACCUUUACGGAAUCGGAACUGGCAUUGACUCACCAGGGCACGUUGCCCAUCUCCAACAACGUUGGACUUUUGGUGUUGGACGACGAAGACGAGGAGGAUCACGACUUGGAUGAUCACAUUGCCGGGCAACAUCAGCAACAGCAACAGUAUCAAACGCCUCCGUCGAGAGGUACGAACAGCAGCAGCAUGGGCCGCCUGAAUGGCCGCCAAAUGGGACAUGCAUCGUCGACGGGCAUGACGACGCUCGUCUCGUCGUCGUCUUCGUCGAGCGGAUCGACGUAUCCGCAUCGCGGCGGAAUGAUGAUGGCGCAGCACGUCCCGCAUUACCAACUGCCGCCCACGCCGCCCCACCAUCCCAUCCACGCGCACCUCUCGGGCUACGUUGUCCAGCAUCCACACCACGUCGCCAAUAACAGUUUUAGCACAAAGGACGUCAUGGACAACGAGAUGGACAGCGAUCCCACAACUCUGCUGAAACAGGCGCCUUCCAGCUCCAAGUUUAUUCCUGCCGACCUGCCCAAGAGCUCGACGCUGGACUACAAACACAAUUUGGCCGGCAGUCCCACCAAGAGUAAUAACGACAAGAAACAGCAGCAGCAACUGCAACAGCAGCAGCAGCAGCCACAGCAACCCGAUCGGUGUUUGCUGAGAAUGUCCGGCGUCCGACCGCAGUCGAGUCUGUUCAGCCCGACCAGCCCACACAGCCGGAAUGUCAUGGGAGGUGUAGGUGGUUUGCGCAAAAGUCUCAGCUUCUCUUCGAGAUGCUCCUGGAAAUGCACGGCCAUCCUCCUGAUGUUGACUUCGGCCGUCCUGGCCGCCGCUGUCGCUUAUCUCACAGCGGCCCACUUUGUCAACUGGCCACCGCAGCCGGCCAAGUCUCACGUUGUCAUGGUGGACGGCGGCGCGGACGGUAACGGCUACGUGACGACGGUCGUCGACGGUGUCAACGGCAGCCUGGCGACCAGCGGCAACAGCAUCGCCAAUCACGGAGGUAGCAACACAUUUCCGGCCCGUAGUUUCCCACCGGACGGGACGACGUUCGCCCAAGUGACUUUGGGAGACAAGACUUCCAAUGUCAUACCGGCCUACAGUUACUGGAACAUGCAGUUUUAUCAUUCGGAAGCCGCCUACGUCCGGUUCGAACUUGGUCUGCCUCGUAGCGCCAGUCUCGGACUCUACGGACGACGCAACGCUCUGCCCACGCACACCCACUACGACAUGCUGCACGUCAUCAGCGGCUACAAGAGCCGAGCUAGACGUGCCUCCACGUCUUUGGUCCAAAAGGAAGUUCUCCAGUACAUGGAGCCCGGCCAUUGGUUCGUCUCACUUUACAACGACGACGGAGAUCCGCAGGAGGCGACGUGCCUCAUCUCGCAAGCUCGCGAUAUGACUCUGAGCUGCCCACGCGGAUGCAACGGCAACGGCGAGUGCAUCCUGGGCCGGUGCCAGUGCAAAUCCGGGUUCGGCGGUGACGAUUGCAGCGACAGUGUUUGUCCAGUACUCUGCAGUGGUCGUGGCGACUACAUCAACGGCCAGUGCCAGUGCAAUCCAGGAUGGAAAGGCCGCGAAUGCAGUUUGAAACACGACGAAUGCGAAGUGCCCGAUUGCUCCGGACACGGAAAAUGCUCCGGCGGUAAAUGCCUCUGCGGACGCGGAUUUAAAGGCGAAUACUGCGAUAUCGUGGAUUGUCCCAAUCCGACCUGCUCCGAUCAUGGUUUCUGCGUUGAAGGCACUUGCGUCUGCAAGAAAGGCUGGAAGGGCCCGGAUUGCGCUUUGGUCGACAGCGACGCGAUGCAGUGCUUGCCCGACUGUUCCGGCAGCCAAGGCGCUUUCAGUCUGGAACUACACAAAUGCGUUUGCAACGCCGGCUGGACUGGUGACGAUUGUUCCAAAUCGGCCUGCGGUAUCAACUGCGGUGGACACGGACGUUGCGAAGCCAGCGCUUGCGUCUGCGACGCCGGAUGGGCCGGCGAAUUCUGCCAGGAGCGACUAUGCGAUUCCAGAUGCAACGAGCACGGCCAGUGCAAGAACGGUACCUGCUUGUGCGUGACGGGCUGGAACGGUAAACACUGCACGCUAGAGGGCUGCCCGCGCGAUUGUUCCAAACGAGGCCAGUGCAAAUCGUCUGAAGGAGCCGGAUGGAGUUGCCGUUGCGACAAAGGCUGGGAAGGCCCGGAUUGCAGCAUCCCGUUGGAGCUGGAAUGCGAAGACGGCAAAGACAACGACAAGGACGGGCUGAUCGACUGCGAAGACUCUGAUUGCUGCACUUCGCGCCACUGCAAGAAAUCGCCAUUCUGCGUCACGGCUCCUAAGCCCAUCGACAUCCUGUUGCGCAAACAACCGCCGGCCGUCACGGCUUCCUUCUACGAGCGGAUGAAGUUCCUCAUCGAAGAGGGAAGUCUCCAGAGCUACGCCAAACAGGAUGCCUUCAAUGAGAGUAUGUUCUGGAGUCACUUCAAUUCGAGUCGAUCUGCCGUCGUACGAGGCAAAGUGGUGGCCGCCAGCGGGCUGGGACUCUUUGGCGUACGUGUCAGCAGCAGCAAUCCAUUGGAAGGCUUCACGCUGACGCGAGACGAUGGAUGGUUCGAUCUGAUGGUGAACGGAGGCGGAUCUGUCGUCAUUCACUUUGGACGCACCCCUUUCCGGCCGACAUCGCGAACAGUCAACGUACCCUGGAAUGAGGUGAUUAUUUUGGACGUUGUAACAAUGAAAACAGAAGACGUUUUAGCCGCUCCGGCAGUGAGCGUCCUGUGCGAAGCUCACGAUUACGACGCUAUGCGACCGGUUGUCUUGGCUACCUGGAAGCACGGUUUCCAAGGCUCCUGCCCGGCACAAAGCGCCAUUUUGGCCGAGUCUCAAGUAGUGCAAGAGAGCCUGGAAGUGCCCGGCACUGGUGCCCACUUGGUCUAUCACAGCUCUCGCAGCGCCGGAUACUUGUCCACCAUUCAACUGCAAUUGACGCCCGACGUCAUUCCCGACUCGCUCAGCCGAAUCCACUUGCGGAUUACCAUCGAAGGCGUUUUAUUCGAGAAGCUCUUUGAAGCCGACCCGGGCAUCAAGUACACCUACGCCUGGAAUCGCUUCAACAUCUACAGGCAACGCGUUUACGGAGUGACGACGGCCACCGUCAAAGUCGGUUACGAGUAUUCCACUUGCCCCGACGUCCUGUGGGAAGUCCAAACGACGAAACUCAGCGGGCACGAUAUGAGCAUCUCGGAUAUUGGCGGUUGGAACUUGGACAUCCAUCACCGAUACAAUUUCCACGAAGGUAUUCUACAAAAGGGUGACGGAAGUAACAUGUACUUGCGCUACAGACCCGAAGUGUUGCGAACGGUGAUGGGCGACGGCCACCAGAGACCACUCGAGUGUUCGAGCAACGCGUGCGAAGGGCCAGCCGUCAAGCAACGCGUCCUGGCACCGGUGGCUCUGACAGCUUCGCCCGACGGCUCCAUCUACGUUGGCGAUUUCAAUCUGAUCCGUCGCAUCGGAACGGACGGCAACGUCAAGACCCUCCUCCGACUCAACGCCACGCGAGUGUCCUACCGCUACCACAUGGCUUUGAGCCCCGUAGACAACGUCCUCUACCUUUCCGACCCGGAAGCUCACCAGAUUAUCCGCGUCCGAGACAUGAACGACUACACCGAUCCCGAACGUAACUGGGAACCGGUUAUCGGCUCGGGUGAACGUUGUUUGCCCGGCGACGAGUUCAACUGCGGCGACGGCGGAUUGGCCCGUGAAGCCAAAUUGGCUUACCCGAAAGGAGUUGCCGUGGCGGCCGAUGGAACCGUUUACUUCGCCGAUGGAACCAACAUCCGCGCCGUCGACAAAGACGGACUCAUCAGCACGGUCGUCGGCAAUCACCAGCACAGGACCCACUGGAACCCGAUGCCCUGUGAAGGAACUCUACCACUUGGCGAAGUGCGUCUGCGUUGGCCGACCGAGAUCGCCAUCAAUCCGCUUGAUGGCGCUUUGCACAUCAUCGACGACCACAUGAUUGUGCGCCUGACUAGCGACGGCCGAAUGAAGAUUGUCGCUGGCAAACCACUGCAUUGUCCAGCCACUUCGACAUCGGACGCAGUCGAUUUGGCCACUCAAGCCGGCCUGGUCAUGCCCCAGAGUUUGGCUUUCGGACCCAACGGCGACCUGUACGUGGCUGAAAGCGACUCGCAACGCAUCAACCGCGUCCGACGGAUCGGAACUGACGGCCGGAUCAUUACGGUGGCCGGCGCCGAGUCCAAGUGCAAUUGCCUGGACGCCGGAUGCAACUGUUACGACGAAGAGCGCCAUCUGGCGACGGCGUCUCGUUUCAACACCAUUUCGGCCAUCGCCGUGGCGCCGGACGGCGUCUUGCACAUUUGCGAUCAAGCCAAUUACCGGCUGAGGGCCGUCACUUCCAGUCUGCCCGCCGAGCCGGGCACGACCAGCACCUUCGACAUUUACUCGCCCGAAUCGCAAGAGAUUUACGUCUUUAACCGUUUCGGCCAGCAUGUGGCCACCAAGAGCAUGGUGACUGGCCGCAAUAUUUAUCUCUUCGGUUACAACGUCAACACGAGCAACGGCAAAGUCAGCACGGUCACGGACUCGGCCGGCAACAAGAUCUUUUUGCUGCGCGAUUAUUCCAAUCAGGUGACGUCGAUCGAGAACACCCGCGGACACAAAUGCCGUCUGCGCAUGUCCCGCACCCGACUCCUCCAAGAGUUCUCGACUCCGGAAGGCCGUAACGUCACUUUCGACUACUACGGAUCGACCGGGCUGCUCAAGUCUCGCGUGGACUCUGGCCGCGGUCAGGGCGUUUCCUACCAGUACGACGAUAAUGGCCGUCUCAUCUCGGCCAUUUCUCCGACCGGAGAGAUCGUCAAGCUAACGUUCGACUUGAGCUUGAAAGGCGCCUCUGUUCAAGUGGUGCACGGCAAUCGAAGCCCGGUGGUUUAUUUCAUCAAACCGGGAUGGUCCGUCAGCAAGAAAGUCGGACAAGCGGAAGAAGUUGUUUCCAUGCAGCCUGAUCGCAGUGUUGUCAUUUUGACUCCGUUCAAUCAUCUGACGGCCACCGAAACAAUUCCUUACGGGGCCGUCUUGGGAGAAUCCGACUCGUCUCUGGCUGAAACUUUCCCCGUACCGGCCAAGCAGAAGGUGGAAAUCGGUGGCGAACUGGUUAGUCGACUCGAAUGGCGUUACUUUGUCCGCCGACGCAGAGCGGAGAAGAAAGACUUUGUCCAGCUGGGCAAGCGGAUGCGCGUCAACGGCGAAAAUCUACUCACCGUCGAGUACGACAAGGAGAGUCUGAGCGAGGCCGUCUUUAUGGAAGAUCGAGCUGUCGAGUUACUCAACAUCACUUACGACGACAUGUCGAGACCCAUCAGCUGGUCGCCAGGCCGUUCUUCAUCCUUCGCCGCUGUAGAGGUCAAUUACGACCGUUUUGGCCAGCUGGCCCUGUGGAAACAAGGCGACCUGUCGGAAUCGUACAAUUACGACCGAUCCGGCCGUCUCGCUGAAGUCGUUUUCGCUGAUGGAAACAAAUUGAUUUAUUCCUUCCGUGAUGCCUUCGCUACUCUUCCGUCGCAGUUGACGACGGAACGCGGACACACUUUCCUCCUCCAUCACAACAACAUCGGAGCUCUGCAGUCCGUCACGACUCCUCGCGGUCACAUCCACUCGUUUGGUUUGCAAAUGGUCCCGGGCGGAACUAAAUUCUUGUAUCACUCGCCGGCCAGCCGCCAACCGUUCCAGCUGCUUUUGGACGACCAGGGUCGCGUUCAAUCCAAGUUGUACCCAGCCGGCGCUCGCAUCGUCUACAUUUACGACGACGAAUCGCGAUUGGCCAAAAUGAUAUCGGGCGUGGCGGAGACGUCUCUCGACUAUUACGGCGAAACGGGCCUGCUGAAGACGGCCGAAGUGAAAGAGCGUCCCGGCUACGAGGUGCGCAGCGAAUUCAAAUACCACGGAGGCUUGGUCAAGGAAGAGCGGACUAAAUUCGGCAGCAAAACAGGACUGGACAAUGCCAGAACUCGCUGCAAGUACGACGGCAACGGCCGUUUGGCUCUGAUCGAAACGGAACUUAACGGUCGCGAGCUUCCGCCGCACGCCUUCUCUUACAAUCAAAACCUGGGCUUACUGGAAGGUGUCAACGACUUGCGUGUCUAUCGCAACGCAUUCAACCGCACCGUCAUCCAAGAUUCCACCAAGCACUAUUUCCGCAUUUCCGAUCGCGAUCAACACGGACGCGCCGCCAUGACCCUCAUCAACAUCAAGGGCUACGAUGCUUUCAAGUUCGAGCUGGACUUUGACGUCCGCGGUCGAGUGCGCCAUCGGCGCGUCACCGUUGGCCAGAAGCUCUCCAGCUACAACGUGACGUACAACGCCGAAGGCGGACUGCUCCAAGUCCAGCACCAAUCGCAAUCGCAGGGAUUCUCUUCCGCCGCCGCCGCCGCCGCAUCGUCGGCCGUUGGCGCCGGAGGGAGGAGUUACACCUACGCUUACACCUACGAUGACAAUGGCAACAUUUUGACCAUGUCCAACGGAGAACAGGCGAAAAUCAGCUUAGUCUACGACGCCGGCGAUCGUGUUAGCUCUUUCGGCGAAGGCCAAACUGUCACUUACGAUCAGCGCGGGUUCGUCGUGCGUCGCGGCGGCCUCAAAAUGGCCUACAACGACCGCGGUCAGUUGUCUUACGCCAGUGAUGGCAAAUUCCGUGUUUGGUACAACUACGAUUAUCGCGGCCGACUCUCCGUCUGGCGCGAUGACAAGGGCAACGUGACCCAGUUCUUUUACACGAACCCGUUGAAGCCUCAACUGUUGACUCUGUUGCACUGGCCCAAAGAGAGCAGGACGUUGAGGAUGUACUACGAUGUCAACGACCACCUGAUCGCCGUCGAGUCACCGGAGCAACGCUGGUACGUUGCUAGCGACGAAACUGGCACACCUUUAGUCGUCUUCAACGUUCACGGGUCCGUUAUCAAGUUGAUGGAGAGGACGCCGUUCGGCUCGACGGUCUUGGACACGGAGCCUGGCGUUUACAUCGGCGUCGAUUUCCGCGGCGGCAUACUCAGCCCGCACACUGGAAUGGUCCACUUUGGCGGCAGAGUCUACGACCCGUCGAUCGCCCAGUGGCUGACACCCGAGUGGGAGCACCUCGUCUCGCGCUUGACAAAUCCGCAAGACAUCUUCGUCUACCGUUUCCAUGGCAACGAUCCCAUCAGCGUUGAAAGAGAGACGCGUUACAUGACAAGUCUGGACGACUGGUUACAACUGUUUGGCUACUCGUGGAACAACAUUGUCGGUGCGGAAUACAGUACGGCUGCUGCGUUCAAUCGCGUUUCCGAAAUGGACACGAAAAAUGCCGUCGGCCAUUUUGGAGUCAUAUCCGGCCUGCGUUGCCUGACUGAGAACGUGCAAAACGGAUUUUCCGUGCUGAGUUUCGUGCCGCCUCCGAAACUGAGGUCGGGAGGCGAGCUUCGUCGCAACCCUUUGCCCGGCAUCGCCUACAGGAAGCCGGCCCUCGGCGAAGGCAUUUUGCUGUCGCGAGCAGGCGGUCGUGUCGCGGUCACGCUGUUGCCCGAUUCGCAAGGCACCAGCGGUGGCAUAUUGCAAGAUGUGUUGGGCUCGGUGCUGGGCGACAGUUCCACCACGCACUGGUUGGACAUCCGCACCGGAAUGGGCCAACAGGAAAUCUUCUACUUUGUCAAAGAGAGUCUGGCGAAAUUGCGCGACGACCAGGAAGAUUUGAAACGUCUCAGUGGUCAGUUUAACAUCACGCUGGUGGAGAACCCCUCCGAACAAGGUGGCGGCUCUGAGCUGCGAUUGGCCAAUGCCGAUUUAGCCGUCAGCAUCAGUUACGGCGUCGAAGUAGAAGCGGCCAGACAGAGGAUUCUUCGAUCAUCACAUCGACGGGCCGUUGAAGCUGCUUGGCUUCGCGAGAAACAAUUGGUGGAGAGCGGUUUGCCCGGGCAGCAAGUCGACUGGAGCGUUGAGGAACGUGUCGAACUGUUGACAAACGGGCGGGUUGAUGGGUUCGUCGGAGCGGAUUUGCACAGUAUCUACGAUUAUCCACAGUUGGCCGACGACGCCAGCAACAUCAUCUUCCGAAGAGACGACACGAAGCGGAAGCGACGAAAGAGCCACCGUCUUUCGGCGCGCCAACAAAGACGGGGGCUUUCGCAACAUUGAAAAAAAAAAACAAAACAAAAAAAAAAACACGGUUGUAUAAUCAAUCCGCCAACCAGAUCGUCGUGCGUUGAAUAUUCACUAUAUAUAACAGUAAUGUGCUUUUUUUUAGUAAAAAAAAAAAAAAUAAAUAAAAUAAAGAGUGAAAAAAAAAGGGCAAAAUAAGAAAAUUCAGAUUGAAACCUUUGUCAUUCUACGCUGUAAACCUUUGACGGAACCACCUGCGUUGUACUUUUUGCGUCAUCAGAAGACUGCUCGAGUCGAAUAAUGAAGUGUAGUCAUCACCCCGUCUCAUGUGAUAAUCAAAUAUCGAGAUGGAAUCCGAGUAGAUGUGGACAUUCUUCGACAUAUUUGAUGGUUUUUUUUUCUUCCCUGUCCAUUUCUAUAUAUUACAUACACACCAACCAGUAAAAGAGAUAUAUUGGAAUCACUAUCGACAUUGAAAAUCAUGUUUGUUUUUUUUUCUUUUUUUUUUUUUUUAACUGCAUUUUUAAAGUUGUGUUAGAGUUGUAACGGUUUUCUGUUAUUCCUUUCGUGUAAAUAUUUUUCUUAUCUACGUAGAGCGAAAAUGAUUCGCCGACAUCACACCGCCAGAUUCAUUUUGGAAUUUCUCCUCCCUUUUUUUUUUCCCUCCACAUCAUGCAUAUGUUAAU